AUGGUUUUAACUUCACCCCUCUCUACUCUCCCCUCUUGGAAUUCAAACAUUACCGAUUGCUGCACUUGGGAAGGCAUCACGUGCGAUGGGCCCACUGGGCACGUGAUCAGCCUCGACCUCAGUGAGCUCUAUAUCUCUGGUCGGAUUGAUUUUGAAAGCCUCUUUCGUCUUCGGAGCCUCCAGAGGCUCAACCUCGCUUUCAAUUUCUUCCAUCCCACUCCAAUCCCAUCUGGGUUUGACCAGCUCACCAGUUUGACCUAUCUCAACCUCUCUCGGUUGCAUUUUUAUGGCCAAAUCACACUGGAAAUCUCCCGCUUGACCACUUUGGUUUCUCUCGAUCUUUCUUACAAUCAAUAUUACAAUGGUUCUGGAUUUCAAUACCUGAAACUCGAAAACCCAAGCAUUGGAGCAGUCGUCCAAAACCUGUCCAAUCUGAGUGAACUCUAUCUAGACUGGGUACACAUCUUACUGCAGCAGGGUCAGACAUUAGAUUUGCCACUCCCUACUCUCCGCAAGUUGAGCUUACGAGAUUUGCCCAGCUUCCCAGGGAGUCUUCGCAAGUUAAUCUUACAAGAAUGUGAUCUUUCAAGCUCCAUCUAUUCUUCCCUUUCACGGCUCCAUUUCCUAUCUGAACUCGACCUCAGUGGAAACAAUCUUUCGUCUGCAGUCCCCAAUUUCAUAGGGAACUUAUCCUCCUUGACGUCCCUGCUCCUUACAGAGUGUGGAUUGCAUGGAAAAUUCCCUGACAGUGUUUUCCAGCUGUCAAAUCUACGAAUCAUCGACAUAUCAGGUUAUCCACUUGUAGCUAUCAAUUUGCCAGAGUUCCCUCAAAACAAUACUCUACAGCAAUUGAUCCUUUCAUACACUGGAUUUUCAGGAAAGUUACCAGAUUCUCUCAGUAAUCUCAAAUUCUUGACUCAAUUAGACCUCAGCAAUUGCAACUUGUCAGGAUCAUUACCAUCUUCACUUUUGAACCUUACCAAACUGCAAUAUCUGUAUCUUUCAUCCAAUAAAUUGAGCGGCCCAAUUCCUUCUUCAUAUGGAAACGAGCUUCUGAAUCUCAUAGUGAUCAGCUUAGGGUAUAAUCUGCUUAAUGGGACCAUUCCAUCAUCAUUGUUUUCACUCCCAUUGUUACAAUUGUUGGAUCUUGGAGGUAACCAACUUAGCGGUCAACUCGGUGAGUUUCACAAUGCCCCUUCUUCACAGCUGGAGUAUAUCCAUUUGGGUAACAAUAAAUUGCAGGGGAUGAUACCCAGAUUUAUCUUUCAACUUACCAAGCUUGAAGACCUAGACGUUUCUUCCAAUAAUUUCAGUGGUGUUGUGGAGAUAGGCUUAUUUCUAAAUCUCAAAAAACUUUCCUAUCUGGAUCUUUCAGAUAAUAACUUGUCAGUCCAAGAUGGCAGUGGUAAUUCCACAUUUGUUUCCAUCCCUCUGAUUGAAUCUUUGUUGUUACGUUCUUGCAACUUCAGCACAUUUCCAAAUUUCUUGAGAAAUCAAGUGCAGUUGAGUGAAUUGGACCUUUCCAAUAAUAAAAUUAGUGGUGAAAUACCCAAAUGGAUAUGGGAAGUUGGCAAUGGGUCUUUAUACUCUUUAAAUCUUUCUCACAAUGUUCUGCAGGGAAUAAUACCAUCCCCCCAUCUUUUGUUGAUCAGUGACUUACGUGUUCUGGACAUUAGCUCCAACAAGCUAGAAGGCUCACUUCCUAUCCCACCACCGUCCAUCUUUUUCUUUUCAGUUUCAAACAAUAGCCUUGGUGGUGAAAUCCCUUGGUCAGUUUGCAAUGCAACAUCCUUAGCAGUCCUUGAUUUAUCUCACAAUCACUUCAUUGGUCAGAUUCCACCAUGUUUGGGUGAGAUUGGUGAUGCCCUGUUUGUGUUGAAUCUUCAAGGAAAUGCUUUCAAUAGCACCUUACUUCAGACAUUUAAAGAGGGAUGCAACCUACAAAUCGCUUGA